AUGACGGCUCGACCAUCGGUAAACGACAUCGAAAUCUUACGCUAUGAAGAUCGCUACCGGGAACCAUCGAUGGAGGUGCUUAGGAAGUCGUUUUUUGUCAACGAAAACGUGUGCAUCGGAGCGGAAGUGAACCGCUCGCCACAAGCACAAAAAGAUCUAGAACAGCUCUGUCUGGAUGUGGCCAUCGGUGGAGUGUCAUUGAUCGCCCGGCACAAACCCACCGGCACGAUCGUGGGUGUUUCCUUCAAUGUGCUGCAGACCCCGAGCGGACCGGAUGAUUCCAACUACUUCGAGCAAUUCCGUGACACCAAGUGCACGGUCGACAGCUCACGGGCACUGAUGCAGUACAUGAUCACCAUGGACGCUAAGGUGAACCUGUUUGAGCGCUUCAACGUUACUUGCCUGCUGGAGAUUAUGUUCCUGGCCACGUUACCCGCUUUCACAGGGUGCGGUAUUGCCACGCAACUUGUCGAGCAGUCGGUCCGGUUGGCGAAGCAGCUGAAGAGCGGAGAUGCCGUCCCGUUGGUUGAGGCGGGCGCAGUGGUUACUUCCAAUCGUCCUCAGCUCGUGUCGGCCUUGUGGACGUCUAGAAUCUCGCAAAGAGUAGGAGAGAAGGCGGGUUUUACGGUGAUCAAUACGGUUCCGUAUACGGAGUUUGUGUUCGAAGGAAAACCGUUUACCGAACGAAUUGGCCCGGAGCAUCCAUUUUCAACGCUCGUUGUGAAACAUAUUUAAAUUGGAAAGUGUAGC